GCCACGCCCACCCGCAGCUCCCUCUCUCCCUCGCUCGCUUUCUGCCUCUGCCGCAGAGAGAGCGAGACGCGCCGGGGACCGAGCUGGGCCGGCUUCGCCUCCUCCUCCUCCCUCCUCCGCCGUCUCUCCCGCCGCCGCCGCCGCCUCCUCGGAGCCGACCGUUGCCUGCUCCCCUCCCCCUCCAGCUCCCCUCAGCAGAGCCGCCGCCGCCGCCGCCGUUCGGGGCGGGGAAGGGAUUGAUGUGGAGGCCGAGAGCGGCAGCGCCGCCGCCUCCGCCAUGCAGCCCCCGCCGAGGAAGGUGAAAAUCACUCAAGAGCUAAAACUUAUCCAGGCUGAACAGAUGACAAAAAUUCAAGCCAAACAUCAGGCAGAAUGUGACUUACUUGAAGAUAUGAGGAUAUUCAGUCAGAAGAAGGCUGCAAUUGAGAGAGAAUAUGCCCAGGGCAUUCAGAAAUUGGCUAGUCAGUACUUAAAGAAAGAGUGGCCUGGAAUAAAAGCUGAUGAUCGACAUGACUUCAGGAGCAUGUAUCCAGUGUGGAAAUCAUUUCUUGAAGGCACAGUGCAAGUGGCUCAAUCCAGACUCAAUAUCUGUGAAAAUUACAAGAACCUAAUUUCUGAACCUGCCAGGGCAGUCAAGUGUUUUAAAGAACAGCAGCUGAAGAAGUGUGUGGACCAGCUGACCAGAAUCCAGGCCGAAUUGCAAGAGACGGUCAAAGAUUUAGCUAAGGGCAAGAAGAAGUACUUCGAAACAGAGCAGAUGGCUCACGCUGUCCGUGAAAAGGCCGAUAUUGAGGCCAAGUCUAAACUUAGUCUUUUUCAGUCAAGGAUAAGCUUACAGAAAGCAAGUGUAAAGUUAAAAGCACGACGGUCUGAGUGUAAUUCCAAAGCUACUCACGCGAGGAAUGACUACCUUCUCACUUUAGCAGCCGCGAAUGCACACCAAGAUCGCUACUAUCAGACAGACUUAGUAAAUAUUAUGAAGGCUCUUGAUGGGAAUGUAUGUGAUCACCUUAAGGAUUAUUUAAUGGCAUUCAGCAGGACUGAAUUAGAAGUAUGCCAAGCUGUACAAAGCACAUUCCAGUUUCUUUUGGAAACUUCCAGUCGGGUAGUGCGAGAUUACAAUUUUCAGCUGUUCUUGCAGGAGAACUCCGUAUUUCAUAAACCACAGUCCUUCCAGUUCCAGCCUUGUGACAGUGACACCAGUAGACAACUGGAAUCUGAGACCGGAACGACAGAAGAGCACAGUCUGAACAAGGAAGCCCGAAAAUGGGCCACGCGUGUGGCGAGAGAGCACAAAAACAUUAUUCACACUCAACGGACUCUGGAAGAAUUAGAAUGCCACGGGUCUGUGGUGUCUGAGCAGAGCCGAGCAGAACUGGAACAGAAGAUAGACGAAACCAGAGAGAACAUCCGCAAAGCCGAGAUAAUAAAGCUGAAAGCAGAAGCUCGACUCGACCUUUUGAAGCAGAUUGGGGUUUCAGUGGACACCUGGCUAAAAAGUGCAAUGAAUCAAGUCAUGGAGGAACUGGAGAAUGAGAGAUGGGCCAGCCUCCCCACGGUGGCCAAUAACGGCUCUUCGCACUUGCUAAAUGUUGACAUGGAAAAGGAAGAAGGGGAAGAGCUAGAAGAUGGCAUGGAUGCUUUCGACGACAGCAGCUCCAGUCCUUCUGGUACGCUCAGAAACUACCCGUUGACCUGCAAAGUUGUUUACUCGUACAAGGCUUCCCAGCCAGACGAGUUAACCAUUGAGGAACAUGAAGUUUUGGAAGUUAUUGAAGAUGGAGAUAUGGAAGAUUGGGUAAAGGCACGGAACAAGUCUGGCCACGUGGGCUACGUCCCAGAGAAGUACCUGCAGUUCCCAACUUCCAACAGUCUCCUGAGCAUGUUGCAAUCACUGGCAGCGUUGGACAGUCGGUCUCACACUUCUAGUAAUUCAACGGAAGCCGAGCUGGUCUCAGGGAGCCUCAACGGAGACUCCAGCGUAUGUUUUGUAAAAGCACUUUAUGAUUACGAGGGACAGACAGACGACGAACUGUCCUUCCCAGAGGGAGCGAUAAUCCGGAUCUUGAACAAAGAAAACCAGGACGAUGAUGGCUUCUGGGAAGGGGAGUUCAACGGAUGUGUCGGGGUCUUCCCAUCCGUACUAGUAGAAGAGCUAACCGCCUCGGAAAAUGGAGAGAUUCAGUGCGUUGUGGAUGCUCAGGUAUCUCCAUCUCCAGCACCCCAGAAUUCUCUGGCGCCACUGCCGCUCUAUGACCAGCCUCCAACCAGUCCUUUCCACAGCCCUGAUAAGAGAAGCUCCCAGUAUUUCCCAAGGUCUCCAACGACAAAUGUUUCAGAAAACAGCUACACUGCAAACUCUCCUGGGUUCUCUCAGCCACCACGACCUCUUCCCGAAAGCACUUCGUAUGGCAAACUGAGACCAGUGCGAGCUGCCCCUCCCCCUCCCACGCAGCAUCGCAGGCCGACAGAGAAGAUUGAGGAUGUUGAAAUCACCUUGGUGUGACCAGCGGGGAUGAAGUGCGCAGUAGUGCUACAAUCAAGGCCAAAUGUUGGCGAUGUUUGGUCAGCUCUCAUUCUUGGGCACCUUUGCAUGAUGAUGAUGAUGAUGAUGAUGAUGAUGAUGAUGGAAGAGACUUUUUUUAAAAAGACUUGAGGAGAAGCGGGAGGAUUCUCCGGGGCCAUGGAUGUGGCGGUGGCCCCUUCUUCCCACGGUCAUUAAUAUUUUGUGCCUUUUAAUUUGUUGCUGUUUGGUUCCACUUUAUAUAUCUGCCAUCCUUACUCCUUUAGCACAAAAAGCAAGCAGAGGAACGCCUUUGCAGCUGAAAAGCUGGCCGUCUCAGUUUCCGGCGGAGGCUUCUGGGAGCUCCCCAUUCCAUGCCGCUUACAGCCGGUCUACAGAUCGCAGCUUCCCUUGCGGGAACAGUUCUGCAGGUUGACUCUUCCCCGUAACUGCUGCAGCGUGUAGUACCACGAGUUAAGGUCCCCUUCCUCGUCGCAUCAGACACCUUGAGACCUCUUGACAAGGGAAAUGGGGGCGAAUUUUAUCGGUGCUUGCGGGCUUCAGCAGGAACGGAAAGUCACCGCAGGAAUACAUUUCUGCAAGGCGGAAGCUGGGCAUGUAGACCAGCCCAUAGUCUUGCAUACAUAAACCAUGUGCAUUAGUACAGUAUAUUACUGUUGCCAUAGGAAUGUGUCAAAAAAAAUUCUUUUUCCUAUUCAAGUAGCGUUACUUAUCUGAUUAGGUUUAUUAAUCAGAAUGUAUGGGAUAGAGGAGGGGAUGCACACAAGUGUAAGUUAAUGGAGAGGCUGGCUCCUCUCUCCCCCUCUCUGUCUCUCUCUUUCUCUCCCCUGCCCCGAACAAAACAUGAAACAAAACAAAAAAAAAAACCCAAUCCUACAACUAAAGAAAAGCACUGCAGAUCCUAUUGGGGUUAAUUACUUCCGUGCGCACCUCUUUUCGUAAUUAACCGCGAAACCCGAGCGCUGAACGUUCCUUUUGUAUUGAUAUUUAUGCGGUGCAUUUAGUAAUAGAGUAUCUACUACCACAGAAAUGCUGACUUAGUAGCAACGACAUGUUUUUCUUAGGGUAAAACUGAAUAAGCAGGAUUCUCAUCAUAGAGCUGGAACUAGCUGUUCAUUUCCUCUUUGAGAGGGUUUCCCCCACCCACCCACUCAAACCCACCACCCUCCCGUCCUUUUGUACUUGUGUCUCCCCCGGCCCCAGUUCUUGCUGUACUGUAGUUCGCUCUCUUGACAUUAGCAGUAUAUUUUGGACACUGGAACAUCCGGCUAGAGUGAAGAAGUUUUAAAUGUUUAGAAUAUUGACGUGUGGUGUCUAGCUUUAGCUUUGGGUAGUGCUAGCUCAGAACGCCGCGCGAAGCCCAACGGCCAGCCUCAGACCCGGGGGGCAGCGGCGGUGGUGUCGGCUGGAGACGGACAGUCCUUUGAUUUCUCCUCCUCGCCCCCAACGGCGUUGAAAGAGGCACGGCGGUGCCGUUGCCGCCUCCCGCGUGCAGCACUCGUUUUGCUUGUCCAGCUAUCGCCUCUGUUCCAAAAGGCUUUCGAAUAAUCUCCCCACCCCCAGCCAGCUCUGCAAAAAACCUGCUUGGCAGAGGAAAUGGCACUGGGUCAAAAGAAAUCGACAACAAGGCCUCCGUCUUGCCUCUCUCUCUCCGCACUUGGGGCAGGGGAAUGGCAACCAUGCCCACCCCAAAUCAAGCUCAAAAAGCCAUCCCUGGGGUCUUGCCAGCUCCUUCGCCCCACUUUUGAGGGCGGAAAGUAGAUGUUCUCAAGGGGGAGCGCAGCAGAGAGGCCCCUUCCAAACCCCGGUUUCUCUGAGCGAAACCCACUUGCGACUUUCGAGAGAGGCGGUCGUUUUGUAGUUGAUAACAGUCAAAUAAGAGGGAGAAAAUGUAUUUUGGGUGGAAUUAGUCUCUGAGGGGCAAUACUCAAGAGGGAAAAGGAAGAAGGGGCAACCAUUUGAAUCAAAUUCCGUCCCAAGUAGUUUCCAACCAAAGGGCUGGGAUAUAUAUUUUUUAAAAAACCACCUACAGAAAUGUUCUCGGAGCUGAAACGUCAGUCCUGUCGAAAGAGCUCUUGUACGUUCGUUCUCCAACCAACCACCCCGGCCCCCCCUGCAAAGCGAGUAAAACCUAGAAUCCGUUUCCGCACUUUGUUGCCUAAUGGAGUACAUCUUCCUUUUUUUUUCUUCCUUUUUAAUUCCGUGGCUGCAUUUCGUGAAACCGUUUGACGAGAUUUUCAUCUUAAAACUUUGCACAAAUAAUCUUGGCUGGGUCUCUGGACAUAUGACUGUUUUUGCCAAUUUUUUAUUUCCCUUUCGUUUGGUUGGCCUGAGCAAGGGAGGAGGUGUUUGAAGCAUAAAAUAGCGCCUUCUGCAGCAAUUGCCAAAUAUCUGGCAGAUUUCCUGUGAAGAAUUUUUUUGGGGAGGGGGUGGGGGGGUUGCGGGGGGGGUUGCUAAUUCUGUCCUGUUGAUCUGUUUGAGGUCUUUAAAAAAAAUGUUUAUCAAACUUAUUCUUAAGUUUUUUUAAAAAAACAACACAAAUCCAAUUUUUUAAAGAGCUGUACUGCAUACAUUUUAAAAUGCUUCAUGAAAAACGUUGCCAAUAAUAUCAACAUGUUCCAUUUGGUUGGCCAGUCUCCCCGCAUAUUUUUUUGUGUGUGUGUUACCCAGACUCUCAAAAUUCAGAAAGUGUUAUUUAAAAAAUAAAAAAAAAUCUUCUUAGUUAUAUUUUAAAAAUAUUUUCUGUAAGAGCUGCUAAUUUUUAUUUAAAAAAUAAAAGUUGUGAAAAUACACCUCCUUUUUAAACUUCAUACAGGGCAUGCAAUAGAACAUAUCACUGUGUACACCGACAGUACACUUGAAAGCAGAACUUUGAAUGCUUUCUUUAUAUUGGCUGUAAAACUUUGUAUUUAUUAUGUAUAAAAUGUUGAAUAAUAAAAAGUGGCUUUAAAUCA